CACAGAAUGUUCAGUCACAGUGGAAAGGUUUAUGGAAAUGUCUUUCCACUACGCGAGGGAACAGAUGGUCCCAGAAAAUCAGCUGAUUAUUCAUAGCUUAUUGUUUCUACACCGGGUUUUAAAGCAGUUCCGUAAAUUUUAGAUAGCAUCCUUUUAAAAUUCUUCGCAAAAUCCGUCUCUCCAUUCGCCGCCUCGCCAUGCGGUUAACUGUCCAUUUCAGGUUGAGAUUUCUUCUCGCUAGUUGUAUAUUUUUGUUUUUUUACUUUGUUUUGUUUUGUCACUUGACCGCGGCUUCCUCUCCUGGUUUUUGCGACAAAGAUGGAUGUGCUGGCGUCGUAGAAAAAGGUAUGUUUAAGCUACGUAAUCAAUUUCAUGGCUCUCAACCAUUGUCGAUUGUAAAACAUGAGAUGAGGCCAGCAGAGACGCUGAUCCCCAGAACUGCAGAGUUACUUGCGUACUCCCUAUAAAGCUUUAUGAAGUUCUGACUUUCGAUUGUAGACAAAAUAAGUAAUACGACACUCAAUUGAAACCUUUUGAAAGGAGUCACAAUUGGCAACUGUUAGACUUGUUUUUUCUCAACAGCUUUUUAAGUUAGCGACCUUUGGUUGAUAUUGACGUUUGGCGGUCUUAAUAGGAUGAAUCAGAAUGGGGCUGAUAAGAAGCUGGGGUAUUGAGUUAUUCUGCUCCCAUUGUCGAUUCUCAAGAAAGUACACGUCAGCGAUGGUCUCUUGAGCUGAUUAAUUCUUCAUAUUAUUCAAGGCUUAGAUAAGAAUAUAAAAAAAGAGAAUCAAAAUCACCCUCACUAUAAAAAUCGCUAUUAGCUUUCAUUAACUAAUUCCCAGACAAAUAUAUUGUUAUUUUAGGGGCCUUAAGAUUCACCGAGUCUGCCUACAGCUACGGUUAGGAAAACGUGUUUGCCAAGUAGCUAUAUAAAAGGCGACCACGAUUUCCUAGAUAUCAUAAUAAUUAUGAUAUCUAGGAAAUCGUGGUCGCCUUUGGCAAACAUUUUUUAUCAAAGGUAUUGCAUUAUCCAAUGAUUCAGUUUUUGAUAAAGGGAAUUAUCACAUGUUCAAUGGCUAUGCAGAUAUGUUCCUCAGAGGAUUUUGACUUAGAACAAGGUAUCAGGUGAAACUGAUCAGUGGCAUGAUAGUCAUACAUGUAGUCUGUCAUGUUGUAAGGAUCUUUAGUACUUCACACCUAGCUCUCAAACCAAGGAGGGCUUGUCAUGAGUCUGUGUACAUGUACAAUGGGAUAAACAAUGUGAGACUCACCCAGCCAGAAAGUAGAGUACAUUGAGUUUUGCAAAUUCUCAAGUUUGAUGGUAAUUGGACCAAUAUUGAACAAGAUACAGCUAUUUAAAAACUUGAAAAUUUACUAAGAAAUGUAUGGAUUGGUGGACUCACUGCCUGCAUGUCUAGAAAUUUCUGAGUUAAUUUUGAAGUUUUUGAAAGACAGUAUCUCCUUCAAUAUAGGCCAGAUCACGCCAAACUUGAGGAUUUUGCAAAUCUUAGUGUCCUCUUUCUGACUUUGUGGAUCGUUUGUUGUUUACCCGAUAAUAAACGGACUCAUACCCAGCCCCCCUCGGCUUGAAAAAUAACAAUUUAGGCAAAAAUGUUGUUAAUUACUAGGAAUUUUUCUUUUUCUUUUACCAUAGGUCACCUGAAACCUUUUGGUCAACAUAGGGAAGCUGAAGGUGACAUUACCAGCCUGAAGUAUGCUCCAAGUGGCACUGACUUCUAUCAUAACUUUAUACACAAAAGACAGCCUGUCAUCAUAAGAGGCGGUGCAAAUCACUGGCCUGCUGUUCAACUAUGGCAGAAUGAAUCUUACCUCACCUCACACUUUGGUUCUAGCAUUUUUACUGUAGAAUAUCGAAAGAAGUUCAAGAAUGAAUUUCCUGUCAGAAAACCUUUAACUCUUAAUGAAUUUCUUAAAAUUUACAAAUCUGAAGAAGUUUACCUGGAUUCAGCUUUUCCACCUAAUGCAUCCAUGUUAAAUGAUGUUCUCUUACCAUCACUUUUAAACUGCCAUGAAAUAUCAUCAACAAUCGACAGUGUUAAUUUAUUAUUUAACAGUGGAAGCGCAAACUCUGCAUUUCAUCAUGAUGGCUAUGAGAACAUUCUUACGCUCAUCUCUGGAACAAAGAAGAUCUAUUUGGUCAACAGUUCGUACAGCAAGGAUCUUAGAGCUGAUCAGUAUGCAAUCACUCCAGGAGUGCUUCCUAUUGAUCCUGAGAAGUUAGAUCUUGGAGCAUUUCCAAAAUUAGCAGAUAUACCAUAUUAUGAAGUAACAUUGAAUAAAGGUGAGUUUCAGUGAUUUCCUAUUCUGUCUGAUGAGAUUUUUGUUGUUACUUAGAGCAGAGCUUACUUUUCCAGCCUUUGUUUUAGAGCUAAGACCAGAUUUUCUCAGGCAUAACUCUUGAGAUAAUUGCCAGCCUAAACUGGCCACCACCUCUGUGCAAAGAUUUGAGUACGUGCCAUGAUAGGAUUGUUAAAAAGCCCUUGUUGAUUUGCCAAUUAGGUUGAACGGAAAUUCAAAAUGUACUUCCAGGGCCUAGAACAAGGAUAUUGGUGCUGCUUCGCAGAUGUUACUAACUGGGGUUAAAUUACCUCUGCGAUGCAGACUUGACAAUGUUAACCUAUCCUGAUACCACAACCAGAGGGUCAAGGUAGGGAGGGCAGUACUACAAAAGAGACAGAGCCAGCUUUUAGUUCUCUGCCAUAUACCUACACUGUAUCCACACAAUUCAUCCACUUAUCUUCCAUCCACCCAUUUAAACACUCCUUUAUCUAUUUCCUGUUUUCAACCCAAGGAGGACUGGGUAUAAGUCCAUAUAUUGUGGGAUUAUUAACAUAAAAUCUACAUAGCCAGAAAGAGGACACCGAGCCUUACAACAUCCCCAAGUUUGGUGUUAAUUAUAUGGGCAAAUACUGAAGAAGAUGCAGGCACUCAAAAGCGUGAAAAUUUACUAAGAAAUGUAAGGAUUACAGGACAGGUUUUCUGGACGUCCAUAUAAUUCUUUGCAGAUUUUGGAGAUUUUGAAUGGCUGUAGCUUGUUUAUCAUGAUAAUAAAAUUAUAAUAAUAAUAAUCAUCAUCAUUGGCCUGAUUAACACCAAACUUGAGGAUUUUGUAAAGCUUAGUGAGUUUUUCCUAACAAUUUAGGUGUUGUGUUGAUAUUGCAUAAUAUAAUGACUUGCACUCACUCCCUCUCGGUUAAAACUAGGUAGAACCCCUUUACGUACAUUUAGCAAAUCGCCAUAAAAUGUUAAAAACGUUUGCAAAGUGUAGACUGUGGAAAAUUGUGGUCAAUUUGUUUUUUAUAGUAGCAUUUAUUUUUACGAAACUCCAAAAACAAAGCAACUGGCACUGUGCGACAUGCUACAUCAUUUCCAGGGUCUAUAUGCUCAUAGACCAUAGCUCUCGACCAAUCAGCGCAUGAGGAUUCGCUCAGUUAUUGAAAAAAGCCCAUCCAACCUUUUUCCAGUCAGACACUUAGCCAUGCGCCACCACUUCUUUCAAUCCACAAACUAGACUACAGGUGAACCAGAGUGGCCAUAGUAGAGAGUUUGAAACAAGAGUGGAUGUAUGGACUGUCUGCCCCCAAAGAAUGGCCACUGUGGAGAGGUGGCCAAUAGUGGAAAUUCAACUUUAUUUAUUCACCUUUAAUAAUAUUAUUCAGUCUAGUCAUAAGCAAUUACUGUGUUAUUUAUUUUUAUUUACAGGUGAUAUGUUGUAUAUACCUCAGUACUGGUGGCAUGUUGUUCGCUCAUAUGACUCUCCCAAUAUUGCUGUCAACAUGUGGUUUGGACUGUUCAACUAUGAGGAUAAAUUUCAAGAGGCAGGGAUUUCUGAAGAUACUGAUGUUGUUAAGGUAGUGGUACUCUCUUCAACUACAUUUAGCUAGGCAUGUUCCUUCCAUGAAAUCAGUUUAUAUCACCACUCACACUCUUAAGUCUUCAGAGACUAUUGGUAAUUUAUAAUCAAGCCUUCAGUGGCACGACCAAUAACAUUACAAUCCAGUUGACUACUCAGUUUAACAACUAGGUUGCUAAUACCAUGAACUCUAGGCAAUUUGAAUUCAGUAUCUUGGUUGCUCAUUUGUCUUAAGUUCAGAGUAAUAGGGAGCUUAAACAAAGACAUUUUUGUGUGACGCACAUCAGCCAGAAGUGUGACCUUAUCCCUUUUAAUAUUCCUUAAUGCUACCAAAUUUGUAUUGCUAAGUUUCUUUACUCUUAGAGAGACAAUUUGCUAGAAAAUGUGGGCAAACCCACCACCCAAGAAUGCAAAAAGUCCUCUCCCAGUUGAUGUGUGUUGUUCGAAAACGUCUUUGCUUAAGCUCCCUAAUACUUCUCAACCUACAUAAUAUGAUGUCUUUCAGUUGUAAUUUUCAUAAUAGGAAGUUAUAUUACAAGUAUGUUUUAUUUAACCUAAUGUUACAAAGAUGUCCUUGUCCUAGCAUUUACUAAUUUUAGUAUUAAACUUAUACUUAAGUGAAACAAUUACGCAGCAAUUAUCAUUCCAUAUCAGGUAACAGAGCUGUUUGACAAACUUGUCAAGGAUGAACCAGAUAAGAUUCAGUGUCAAGAAGAAAAGCAUGCUUUGAAUGCUGUCCUAAAAAUCAAUGUAAGUGAUCCAAGCAGUGGACCCCUGAGGAUACCUAAGCAAAACAAGAGACCAGAAGAUAUUACCCUUGCUAGUGGUUAUAAGAGUAAGUACAACACUGUGUUAGCUAGCAGUUCCUCAGGUGGCCUGGGCCACUUUAAUAUUUUGGCUUUUGAGUGAUCAAACUCCAGAAUCCCUUAAUUACUGAAAAACUGACCUGUAUUAAGCGGUCAUCUUUUCCAAAGUCCCAACAAGUUAUUUAUUGUCUCCAGCUCUAUUUAACGGUCACAUUGACAAGGUGUACCAUCCUAGUGCAACAGAUCCACUAUGCUUGACAUUUAAUGGUCUUUUCCUUUCUUUUAUUUGGUACAAAAGGAGGUAGAAACAGUUUGAGGUCAUUUUGUCAUGGGAUAGAUAUUUUGCUCUUUCAGCAUCUUCAUUUUCUGGCAUGACUCUCAGGUUUGUCAAACCUGUAUUUGGUGGUCAGUAAGCCAUUCUCCAUGGGUGAGCGCUUGAUACAGGUUUGACUGUGUUGUGCUUUUUUCAUAGCAGCUAGAUCUACAUGCAGGGGUUGCUUAAAAUUUAACAGGGGUGGAGGUGGGAAGGGGGGGGGGGGUCUUAUUUGAAGCUGGCUGCUAAUUCAACCAUUUACAGUACUUUGUUUUUUGUCUUUCUUCAUCCCUCAUUAGUGCCUGUGAUGGGUCUUGGAACAGCUGCCCUUAUGGAGAACACAACCUUUGCUGUUAAAACAGCACUUGAAAUUGGAUACAGGUUAAUAAAUACUUACAUGUUAUCCUUAUAACAACUCCUGAAAGGUUUUGGUGACACCCCAAAAUAACAAAUUCUUGCUUUUUUGCAUCAGUAGUUUGUACAUGUAGUAUGUGGUAUGUGUGACUGACAUUUAAACUAAAUGAAAUGACCUCAAUGUCAAAGUGAAGAUGACUUCCUCACACAGUUUUCUGUCACAUAACUUCAAGAGAACUACGUUAACCAAACAGAUCUUACUUUAUUUUGCACAGUUGUGUACAGCUUAUAUGGCAAACAAAGAAAUAUUAUGGAGAGGAAAAAUGCCAAAGUGACAAACUCUUCUUGUUUUGUAUAGGAGAAAUUUAAAGAUGGUCAGUCUGCUUUGUGGAUACAAUAUGCUGUUCAUUAGUUGAGCAAAUUAAUCUGUACAGAAACUGCAGAGAAUAAUGGUUUAGUGCUCAGUAGGAAGUUCUGUCAGGUUGUAAUAUGAUACGUUCUUUACAGGAAUACCAAUUUAACAGCCUUACUCAUUUGUCAUAUAGGUUGAUUGAUACAGCACAGGGAUACCCUGAUUCAGAACCACAAGUCGCUGAGGCCAUUCAACAGAGUGGAAUACCAAGAUCAGAGAUAUUCAUUAUGACUAAACUCCAUCCAAGAUUUCUAGGAUAUGAUACGACAUUAGAGGCUGUUGAAAUGUCCUUGAAGAGUCUCAAGACGGAUUAUAUUGAUAUGUUUCUAAUACACAGCCAGGCUUGUGAUAGCUUCUUUUUGACUUGUGAAGAAGGUAUUACGGUUUAGUCCCCAUUUGUAGGAAAAAAACCUGUACCAUAUAGAAGGUUCACCCUCGCAGCUAAGUCAUCAUUAGCAAAAAACUGGCCUCUUUGCCCACGCCGACAGUGCAUGCUCUGAUUGUCUCGCCUUUUUUUUUUCAUGGCGGGUGACCCGGCUGGGCGUGUUACCCCUCUAGCUAAGCCAACUUUUUGUUUCCCGUGUACACAGUUUGCCACAUGUUGUAAAAAAAUGUGUGAAUAGUUGGCUCGCCAAGGUUGGCUCAGGUAGGUAGGUGACCCUUUGGCCUAAGGUCUUUUCGCCUACAAGUCGUUUCGCCAGCGUACUGUUCACUCCCUUUUGAAGUCGUUUCGCGUACGUGUUGGGUCAGUUCCCUAACCGCUUUUGCCUGAUCAGUGGCUAAAAGAACGAGGUAUAUACAUGUGUAUCGCAUUUUUUUGUGUCAUGGCUUAGAGGAACGAGGCAUAUACAUGCGCAGCGCUGGUUACCCUUCUUAGUGGAACGACGCAAGACGUUAGGGAACGCGACGUUAGCGAAACGACCGGUCAUCGAACCUUCUACAUUAUACCUGGGACAGCUUUUCCCCAUGAAAACGGGUCCUUGGAUACAUCACUGAUUUUUUUUUGAGUUGCAAGAGCCGGUUCCGGGCUGUGUCAAAAAUAUACAUUUUGUUAUUCACUGUAAACUUACAUUAAUUUGCUUCCUUUUAUUUUGCUAUCUUUACACCCUACUACGUUGCUCGUUUACCGAAUAUUGAGAACAAAACUUUCUUUUUUCUUCCGUUGUAUCAGGGGAACCAAAAGGAACAUGGCAGGAUAGCUGGAAAGCCAUGGAAGAGAUGCAGAAGAAAGGGAAACUGCGCAGCCUCGGUGUCAGUAAUUUUGACGUUGAAAGCCUGGAAGAACUGGUUCAACUGGCCACGGUUCCAGUGUCAGCAGUUCAAAACUGGUUUGACCCGUUUCAUCAAGAUAGAGUUGUUCGAAAGUUCUGCGAGAAGCAUGGUAUUCGGUACAUUGGCUAUUCUACCCUUGGUAAGUUUUUGGAAGAGAUUUAAAAAGCUAAAAAUACAGCGAAGCCUUGUCCGGUUAUCAACUUUUCUUAAUUCAAAACUGUAAGAGCCAAGGAUCUAUGGGGAAUUUAUAAGUCUUUAAGUUAAGCAUUGGACGUUAAACGUCCACUGAUGGGGUUGGAUUACGCAAUAAGCACGUUAGCGUAGGAGGCUAAGGUGUGUGGUGAGCAAAAUUCAAAUUUCAUGAACUGUCUUACAGAGUUGGCAAUGAUAUAACUGCCAACAUUGCCAAAAGAAGCCAAUUAUUAAAGAUGUAUGUCACGUUUGCGUUUGUUUGAAGUUUUUACUGAAGCCGGUCACUUAAGCUCUUAUCAAGUCAGCUACUGCUUAGUCUGCGUUCUAAUUGUUUGGCUGCGCUGGUAACUUUGGAACAAGUCCAGGUUAAAAGUGGGACAGUAGAGUACGUUUAUUAGAAUAAUUUACUACUACGCCUUAUAGUUCAGUCUUAGUUAUUUGCAAGCUUCAUGCAAUGAUCAACUUUUCUUUUUUUUGAAGGAACCCAGUGGGUUUACUUUCACGGCUUGCAAAAGAAUCCCGUGCUAACUUCCUCUCUGAUUUUGGAGAUGGCUAGCCAUUACGAAUUUGUCGCCUCUCAAGUUGUUUUGCGAUGGGCUAUCCACGCCAACGUAACAGUGAUACCAAGGUCGAAGAGUCCUCGCAAUCUGUACUUGAAUUUUCGAUCUUUGGACUUCUCUCUCACUGACGAUGAAAUUGGUUAUUUUGAAAACAUCACAGAUUAUGAAUUUCACCCCUUGGAGACUAAGAUGUCUAAAGGAAUGGGUAGGUAAUUUUUAUACGAUACAGUGAUUGUCACUCUAAACACAGGAAACUAUGGUACUGUCUUCACUAUUAAAGGUGGUUUGUUUUUGGUUUUUUUUAUGUUACGAGCGAAAAAAACAGAGGAAAAAUCUAAGUUCUCUGCAAAAUUCUAGUUCGUAGCCUCCCAGAAGAACCAUUGGACACACGUCAAGAAUUCUCCUAGGAAUGUAGUGUUCAAGGCAAUUUCUAAAGCUAUGUUCACGUUAUACUGAAUAGUUUUUUUCGUCGGCACGAAAACCUUACCAGAUACGGCUUCUCUUCACUAAUAAGAACGGUGAUUUUGGCGCGAUUUCUGUAACGGAGCGAAACUGCGCCGCGCUGAUCUCUUAUUUGGAGAGUCACAUGUCACAUAGGAGUUCAUACUACAUGUAUACCGGAUAGCUGGAGUUGCCUCUGGCUUCGUUGUCAAAAUGAGGCUUACAGCAAAGUCUUUGAUGUUGUCGUGCAAAUCAAACUUAUUUUUACCAGAAAGGACGUGCUCUUGCUCUCAUUUCGAAGUGAGAGUUUUUGGAACUCGGAAUGCCCUGUUGAGAGGGUCUACAAUGUGAUUCUUUAAUCCCGUAAUCCCGACCCAAAAUUUUGUGUAAUUUCGUAAUCCCGAGGUUUUUUAUAUUGGCAUCCCACCUCCCGCGAUACCUUCAAUUCUGAACCACGCCCCGAUUUUGCCUCAAAAUCCCGAAUCCCGAGCGUCAAAUAAGAGAAAUCCCGGAUCCCUACAAACCUAUUGGCUACCCUCCUGUUACCUCUGUUUGUUUGGGCCAGUGAUUCAACCAUUGCUGAGUGUGUUACCUUGUUUAAUGUGUAUUUAUUAUUUGUUCAGGUUGUUCAGAUAAACAUGCGAACUGUCAGCAGUGGGCGGAAUCUGGAGAAUGCACAGUAAACCCAGACUGGAUGCUGAUUAACUGCCAACAAAGUUGCGGACUGUGUUGUGAGUUUUUAAACUUUCAUGACAUUUCCUCAGUAGAACGUCUUGUUAUUCAAGCCCUCUCGAUAGCAGACUGCUUAAAAUUUAGAUCAAUUUAGGUUUCCAGGAAGCUGCCUUCUCACUCCUCCCCUAAUCCAGCAUUUUACCCUAAGCGAGAAGUAAGUGUUAAUGUUGGCUUAGGGAAGGGGUAGGUAGAAAAUUUCGUAGAAACUUAAAUUGAUUCUAAAAUUUCUCAAGCCGUAAGUAAUUUUUCUCAGGUUAUUUUUUUCUUUUUUUCACUUUACUUUACAGAUGACCAAGACCUAACAGAUUCCGGAGUAGAUGAACCCCUUGUUUUCGUUGGAUCGGAAGAUCAUUACAUGUACGCUCUUCACAAUGCAGAAGGAACAGUUGUCUGGAAGUAUAGAACUCUUGGGAAAAUUAUGUCCACUGCUGCCUUCAGUCACGACGGCGAAAUCUUGUAUUUUGGUUCGAACGACGGCAAUGUGUAUGCCCUUUAUACGGCCGAUGGUUCGUCAGUAUGGACGCAUAAGACCGAUGGAGCCGUCGUGGCAUGCCCAAGUGUCAGUGUGAACGGGAUAGUUUAUAUCGGGUCACACGAUCAGAACGUAUACGCACUGGAAGAUAAAACCGGGUCUGUUGUAUGGACCUCAAAUCUUGGGUGUGCCAUUUGGGGUACAAUUGCUAUCGACAACGAAAGGGGACUUCUCUUCACUGGCUGUACGUCUGAAAAGUCAAACACUUCCGACGCCAUAGAUACUCCUCAUAUCUUUGCCCUGAAUGCCAGUUCGGGAGACGUCGUUUGGAAGUUUGAAACCGCCGGAAACGUGUACGGCUCACCAGCUCUCGUGCCGAGCGGACAUACCGUGUUCUUUGCCUCUUUAGACCAUAAUAUUUACGCUCUUGAUCGUGAAACUGGUAAGCUGGUGUGGUCUUAUGACACAGGGUCAGAAAUAGAAUCCUCUCCCGUCGUGAGCCGGGCAGAUGGCACGCUGUUUGUUGGAUUAAUCAAAGACCAGCUGAUUGCUGUAGAUACUGUAAGUGGUCCUUUAGAGGGAAAAAUCAAGUGGAAAGUUAACACUGGUGGAGAGGUGGUAUCGUCACCAGUCAUUACUGAGGAUGGGAGGGUAAGUUCAAAUUGUUUGAUGAAAAUAAUACGCCAUUUCCGAUUUCAAUGACCAAGUCAAAUGUGCUAAAGUGUGCAUAGCCGUUCAUGUGAAAAUGAGCUUUCUUUGCUGGAGAACAGAAGGGCGCUUUCCAUUUGUUAGAACUGACCGGCAAGGCCAUUCCUGUCGUGAUGAGAAAUUCACUUUCAAUCAAAGCUAUCCAGCCAGAUCAGUCAAAUCCUAAAUAACAUGCACGAAGGAAAUCGUUUUUCAUCAAAACUCUUGGAAAAAGCCUAUUUCAUUUUCCAAAUGACAGGUCCGGCCAUGGUCCAGCCGGCCAGUUCUGACUUUUGGAAAGCGCCUUAAGCUUAUGCUCUUGUUUUCAAAAGAGGCGAGGCUCAACACUAGAAUGGCAUAGUUAGUGGAGACGGAAGGCUAAAUUACAAUAAAUUAUUUGGUAGAAAUGGAAAACUAUUCAACGAAAAGGAUAUAUAAUCAAUCAAUAAUGAAGGUACGAAUCCCGCUUGCUGGUAGACAGAUAGUUUGGGGCCUCCUGAAUACUUUAAGAGGAGGGUUUUCUUUUCUUCACUUCCAAUCGUUCUUAGCUCGCAGCCAUUACAAAUCUCUUGUGCAGAAACGGCUAAGUUAUCAAUUCGGUUUUUAAAAAUAUUGACGACUUCAAAUCACAGGGGUAAGUAAAGCCUAUCCCUUUCUUUAUCUCAUCCAGCUUCAAGUGUGGACGGGCAGUAAGUUUUAAUCGUAAGUGUGACAACAGGGGCACCCUACGACGAUUUCCUCCUAAAUAUAUUGAAAACACUUUUUGGACUGUCUAGAGUACUUUUAGAUAUCUAGGAAUGCAUUCUAAGCGGCGCUAUGAAAUUUGUAACUGUUCGGUCAUCCUAGGGGAACUUGAGUCUUUUCGAAAUUACAAGGGCUUCAGUAUUAUCUUCCCGAAAAUUUUGGAUGCAGUUUAACGUUUUACGAAAGUGAGAAUUUUCCAAUUUCCUCUCUCCGUCACAUUUUUAAUCCGGAAAUUUUAGGUUUCCUUUUUCUGCGAAAAAUAGCCCAGCAUUGGGAGUGAGAUGUGAAAAAAUAAUGUUCGUUCAGAACAUUGUAAUAGAACGGGCAUCCAGAAAUUUUUAGCUGUCCUAAACCAAUAGAAAAUUCUAGGCCGCGUUUGCUUUUCCGAACAGAUAUUUUACAGAAAAUGGUCGUUGGGUGGCCCUGUGACAAUUUCAAAACCUACUGAACAUUACUUUACUUGGUUCUUUUUUCUAAAAAAAAAACAAGCAGUAUUUUACAAAUCAGUAGAAUUCCUCAUGACCCAUUUACUCAGACUUGAUACUGUUUCUGACUCUUCAGGUUUUCAUUGGUUCAGGCGAUGGACGCAUUUUGGCUGUCAAUCAAACCGACGGUUCCCAUAUAUGGUCACCAACAACUGGUGACUACGUCGUGGCUUCUGUAGCAGUGUCACGUGAUAACGUAGUGUAUGCGGCCAGCUCAGACAAGUUCCUGUACGCUUUGCACGGUAAUGAUGGCUCUGUAAUCUGGAAGUUUCAAACUGGUGCUGCUAUUGUGGCAUCUCCCUCUUUGUUUCCUGAACAUAUGAUGCCCGUUGGUUAGUCAGAGAAGUUCUUUUUUCCGCUUCAGCAAAACGUAACGUUUCACAUUCUAAAGAAAUAACAUAAUUUAUUUCCUUUUAUAUCGUAAGAGCAGUAUUUUAAUUACUGUGGUGCGUUUAAAAGCUUUGCAUAUAAAUGAAGUAAAUAAUGUACAUAAAAUAACCUAUAAUUUAUAUGCAGAUGUCCGUUUAUUGUUCAAAUGGGCUUAAAAGACAAUAUAAAAGAAAGGAGUAAGCUUGAAAUGAUAAAAUACGUACAUGUAAUAAAAGAUGAUAAUUUAUCCACAAUCUAUUGUAAAGUAAACAAUAUAAAUUGAGUAAUUAAAAUGGAAAUGAG